AUGACCCAGUCUCGCACUGACAGUCACCAUUCUAGCAAAGAUAGUGGAGAGGUGAAAUUAUACCCCCCUUACACCCAUGGGAAAUAUAAAGGCAGGCUGAGACCCUCACCCCUUCCUCAUAAAAAUUUCAGCAGAGAUGAGAGCAGUAGGCUGCCACUGUACCUCAUUGGUAAAAACCCUGGUAAAGGCAUUGAUGGAGGCAGUCCCCUGGCACAGUCUCAAAGCCAUAUCAAAGAUGUUGGUAAUUAUGAUAAACAUGAUGAUGAAAAGUCGCAGCUACACCCUGAUAACAGCCACAGUGGUGAUAAAGAUGUUAGCAAGCCCCCAUUUCAUUCUCACGGCCACAUUAGGGAGAAAGAUGGUGACAUGCCUCAUUCACAAAAAGACAACCCUGGCAUAAUCACCAAAGCUGCCGCAACCCCAUCCCACUCUGUUGACAAAAAAGACAAAAGUCCCCUUUCACACCCCUUUUACAUCCAUGGCCGAAAUUACAGUGACAAUAGAACGUCAUCUCAUAGUUUUCACGUACAUCCCAGUCGGUACCAAAGCAGCAAUAUGUCCAUAGUACUCCCUCACAGGCACCUCAAACAUGAGGAUGAAACUAAAAUUCCUGGCAAAUUUUAUGACAAGAAGUCAACACAACCGCUCAAUCACAGCCAACAUGGUGACAAAGAUCACAUUCUCGCCCAGUAUCACUCUACUCACAGCUAUGACAAAGGUGAGGGUGAUGGCAGCAGGCUGUCAGUGCACCCUCCACACAGUAAUGUCAAAGAUGAUGAACACCAGUUAAGGCACUCUCAGUACAGUCACGAUGAUGGCAGACCCCCAGCUCCUUCUGUGUACAACCAUAGUAAAGAUGAUCAUGCUGGCAUCCAUAACAAUGGCAAAAGGCUUCUACCACACUUUGAGCACAGCAGCAUGAAAGAUGACUACCACUCUGGCAAAUUUUAUGACCGUAGGAAACACCUCCCACACCAUCAGCACCACUGGGAAAACAAUGAUGAACACAUAAAAAGGAAACCACGAUUCCCUAAUCACAGCAACAGCAAAGACGACAAUCAAAACAAACAUGAUAGCAGGAGACAUCUAUUGCACCCUCACAACAUCCACAGUGAUAAUGAUAAGCACCAUCCUAGCAAACAUUACAAUGAUAGUCAUGGCACAGACAAUGAAUACGGAAUUAAAUAUAUGCCCCAUCCUCACCACAGUCAUGGCACAAAUGAUAAAAAUGAAAAGGACUAUGAGGAAGACCCAAAAACACACCUGUCCCAUCUUCAGCACAGCCACAGCACAGAUUACGAUGGCAAUAAAAGGGACCAAUCACAUAGUCCAUACCCCCAUGGUACAGGCAAUGCAGAUGUAAAAGGUCAACUGUCCCGUCUUGAUCAUAACAAUAACACAAGGCACCCAGCCCAUCUUCAUCAUGGUAUGCACUCAGAAGAUGACAGUGGAAAAAGGCACCCGCUCCAUGUUCAGCACAGCCCCUACACAGAUGACAAAGGUGGAACAAGGCGCCCACCCCAACUUCAGGAGAGCCACCACACAAAUGAUGAUGACGGAAAACUGCACCAACUCCAUCUUAAGCACAGCCAGCGUACUGACAAUGAUGAUGACGAUGGAAAAAAGCGCCCAUCCCAACAUCAGGACAGCCACCGUACAGAUGAUGGCAACCAUGGAAAAAAGCAUCUGCCCCAUCUUCAGUACAGCCACCGCACUGACCACGAUGAUGAUGAUGAUGGAAAAACCCACCCACCCCAACUUCAAGAUAGGCACCACAUAGAUGAUCAUGAACAUGGAAAAAGGCACCCACCCCAUCUUCAACAUAGCUGCCGCACUGACGAUGAUAGUAACAGUAGAGAAAAGCACCCACACCUCCUUCAGGAGAGCUACAACACAAAUGACGAUGUUGAUGGAAAAUGGCACCCACACCACACAGAUGAUGACAGAAAAAGGCAUCCACACCAUCACCAACACAGCCACCACACAGAUGAGGACAAUAAUGGAAAAAAGCGCUCACUCCAACAUCACCGCAGCCACCAUACAGGUGAUGAUGAUGGAACACUGCAACACCAUCUUGAGCACAGUAAACAUUCUGACAAUGAUGAUGACGAUGGAAAAAAAAACCCACACCAUCUUCAACACAGCCACCGCACAGAGGAUGGCAAUGGAAAAAAGCACCCACCCCGUCUUCAGGAAUGUUGCCACAUAAACCACAAGGUUAGGAAAAGGCAUCCGCCCCAUCUUCAGCACAGACGUCAGACAGAUCAAGAAGAUCAAAGAAAGCACCCGGCCCAUCUUCAGCACAGCCACCACACAUACAGUGAUGAUGAUGAUGGAAUAAACUGGCCACCCCGACUUCAGGACAUUCGCUGCAAGGACAACGACAGGAAAGGGUACCCACCCCGACUUCAUCACAAGCACUCCACAGACAAUGACAGAAAAAAGCACCCAUCCCGACUUCAGCACAGUCACCGCAUAAAUGGCGACGAUGGAAAAAGGUAUCCACCCCAUCUUCAGCACAGCUGCCACAUAGAUGUUGACAACCAUGGAAAAAAAUGCCCAACCCACCUGCAUCACAGCCACCGCACAGACAAUGAUUACAGAAAAAGGCACACAAGCCGUAUUCAGCACAGUCACCGCACAGAUCACAAAGAUAUAAAGAGGUGCUCACCCCAUCUUCAGCACAGUCACCACACAUACAAUGAUGAUGAUGGAAAAAAGCACUUACCCUGCUUCCAUCACAGCCGCCACACAGAUGGUGAUAACAGACAAAGGCUCACAACCUGUCUUCAUCACAUUCAUUGCACAAAUGGUGAUGAUGGCAAAAGACAUCGACCCCAUUUUCAACACACCCACCACACAUACCACAAAGAUGGAAGAAGGCACCCACCCCUACAUCAGUAUAGCCACCACACAGUUGAUGACAACUAUGGAAAACGGCAACCACCCCAUCUUCAGCCCAGCUGUCAUACAGUAAAAAACAAUGAUAAAAGUCACCAAUCCCAUAUUCACCACAGCUGCCACACAGAUAAUGACAGAAAAAGGCACCUGCCCCAUCUUCAGCAUAUCCACCGGAUAGAACACGAUGGAAAAACUCACCCACCCUAUCUUCAGCACAGCCAGCAAACAUACAAUGAUUAUGAUGGAAAGAAGUGCCCACCUUGCCUUCAUCAUAGCCACUGCACAGAUGACAAUAAGAGAAACAGGCACCCAACCCAUCUUCAACACAGUCACUACAAAGACAAUGAUGAUAGAAAAAGGUACCCAACCAAUCUUCAGCACAGUUCUCGCAUAAGCAGUGAUGAUGAUCAAAAGCGUCCGCCCAAUCUUCAGCACACCCAAUGCAAUGACCAAAAAAAUGGAAAAAAGCACCUACUCCAUCUUCAGCACAGUCACGACACAGAUGACAAGGAUGACCAUGAGGAGGAAGCAGCUUUCAGGAGGCAUUCUAUGCCCCGUGAUCCCCAUCAUGGCAUUGUUUCCCAUUAUCCCAGGCCUGGCAAAGAUGAAGAUGAGGGAUACAGCAGGAAGCCCUCACUGCACCAUCAUUCCACUGGUGGCAAAGUUGAUGUCAGUGCUGGCACGAAACUCUCAGUGCCCCAUUAUACCAGUCAUAGAAAAGAUGACAAGGGGACAGAUUUCAGGAAACCCUCAGUGUCCCAUCUUCAGCCUCACAACAAGGAAGACAAAAGGGAGCCAAAUGGCAGGAAGCCCUAUAUGUUAAAGCCCCAUCAUUCCAGUAACAGUAAAGAUGAAGAGGAGAAAGAUGGCAAUAGUCACAGAGUGUCCACUCAACUCAACCAUGACAAAGAUGAGGCAGAUGGAGAAAGGCCCUCAGUACCAUUUCAACCCUGUCACAGGAAAGAGGAGGGAUAUGAAAAGAGCUGCCACUCACAACUUCAUAUCAACAACCAAAAUCAGAAAGAGGAGGUACAUAGCAGGGGGUGCUCCUCACGGCCUCAUUCCAACCACAAAAAACAUAAGGAGGAAGCAGCUCAAAGGAAGUGCCCCUCACACACUCAUCCUACUCAUGGAAAACCCAAAAAGGAAGAAGAUGGCAGGAACACCUCAGAGCCCUCUCACACCAGUCACAGCAAAGGUGAUGAUGGAAGGAUGCCCGAAGUGUCCGAUUAUGCUAGUCACGGCAAAGAUGACAAAGGUGGGGGAAGGGGAAGGAAGAAGCCCUCAGUGCCUCCUCAUACGAGCCACAGCAACAACAAAGAAGACACUGGCAGGAAGGCAUCAGUGCACAAUCAUCCCAGUCAUACCAAAGACAAGCAAAGUGAGGCAGAUGACACAUGGCCUUCAGUGCUCCAUCAUUCCAGUCCUGGCAGUAAGGAAGAUGAGGCAUACAGCAAGAAGCCCUCACUGACCCAGUAUCCCAUUCAUGCCAACCAACACUACGCAGAGGCACAUGACAGGAAGUCUUCAGUCUCACAUCUUCCUAGUGGUCGAAACGACAAAGAGGAAACAAAUGGCCAGUGGCUCUCUGUGGCUCAUCACACUAGUCAUGGCAAAGAUAACAAUGGAAGGAGACCACUGAUGUCCCAUCACAAUUGUCAGGGAAAAGAUGAUGACAGGAAGCCACCUAGAUCCCAUCAUCAUAGUCAUUACAAUGAUGAGAAUGACGGUGGCAGCAGGACCACCUCACUCAAGCCUCAUCCCAGCCACAGUAAGGAUACUGACAUUGCCAGUAGGAAGCCCUCCAUAACCCCUCAUGAUAGCCAUAGCAAAGCUCAUAAGGACAUUGGCAUAAAGCCAUUAGUGCACAAUAAUCCAAGUCAUGACAAAGACAAGAAAUUGGAGGCAGAUGGCACGUGGCAUUCUGUGUACCAUCAUCCCAAACUCACUAGUGGUGUAGAUGAGGUAUAUAGCAGGACAUCCUCACAGCAUUAUCAUCACAUUCAUGACAAGGUGAACGACAUAAAUUUAGAUGACAAGAAGGAUCCAAUAUCCAAACAUCCCAAUCAUGGAAAAGACAAAGAGAAAAAUGAAGACAGGAAGCCCUCGGUUCCCGAUCAUCACAAACACAGUGAAGAUAAUUUUGAUGGUUGCAGGAGGCCGUCUGUGAAUCAUCAUAUGGGUCACCGCAAAAAUGACGAUGGCAGGAAGCCCUCAGUGUCUCAUCAUGCUACUCACAGCAAAUAUGACCAUGAGCAUGAAGCAGUUUUGAGGAGGCUUUUUGUGCUGUAUGAUCCCACACAAGGCGUUGACAGUAAAGAGGGCACACAUGGCAGCAGGCGCCUCUCAUACCUUCAGCCCAGCCACAGACAGGAUAAAAAUGAAGAGAAUAAGGAUGGCAAGAAGCUCCCCGUGUCCACUCAACUCAACCAUGACAAAGAGGAAGCAGAUGGAAAAAGGCCCUCAGUGCCAUUUCAACCAUGUCAAAGGAAAGAGGAGGGAUAUGAAAAGAGCUGCCACUCACGCCCUCAUAUCAACCACCAAAAUCAGAAAGAGGAGGUACAUAGCAGGGGGUGUUCCUCAAGGCUUCAUUCCAACCACAAAAAACAUAAGGAGGAACCAGCUCAAAGGAAAUGCCACUCACACACUCAUCCUACCCAUGGAAAACCCAAAAAGGAAACAAAUGGCAGGAACCCCUCAGAGCCCUCUAACACCAGUCACAGCAAAGGUGAUGAUGGAAGGAUGCUCUCAGUGUCCCAUCAUGCAAUUCAUGGCAAAGAUGACGAUAGUGGAGGAAGGAGAAAGCACUCAAUGCCUCCUCAUCCCAGCUACAGCAACAAUAAAGAAGAACCUGACAGGAAACCAUCAGUGCACCAUCAUCCCAGACAUACCAAAGACAGUCAAAGUGAGGCAGAUGACACACGGCCUUCAGUGCCCCAUCAUUCAAGUCCUGGCAGUAAUGAAGAUGAGGCAUACAGCAAGAAGCCCUCACUGUCACAUUAUCCCAUUCAUGCCAAGCAACACUACGCAGAGGCACAUGACAGGAAGUCUUCAGUCUCCCAUCUUCCUAGUGGUGGAAACGACAAAGAGGAAACAAAUGGCCAGAGACUCUCUGUGGCCCAUCACACCAGUCAUGGCAAAGAUGACAAUGGAAGGAGACCAUUGAUGUCCCAUCACACUAGUCAGGGAAAAGAUGAUAAUGACAGGAAGCUGCCGGCAUCGCAUCAUCACAGUCAUUACAAGAAUGAUGACAAUGACACUGGCAGCAGGACCACCUCACUCAAGCCUCAUCCCAGCCAGAGUAAGGAUACUGACAUUGCCAGUAGGAAGCCCUCCAUACCCCCUCAUGACAGCCACAGCAAAGAUCCUAAGGAUAUCGGCAUAAUGCCGUUAGUGCACAAUCAUCCAAGUCAUGAUAAAGACAAGAAAUCGGUGGCAGAUGGCACAUGGCAUUCUGUGCCCCAUCAUCCCAAUCUCACCAGUGGUGUAGAUGAGGCAUAUAGCAGGGCGUCCUCACAGCAUUAUCACCACAUUCAUGACAAUAUGAAUUACAUAAAUUUAGAUGACAUGAAUGAGACAACAUCCAAACAUCCCAAUCAUGGAAAAGACAAAGAGAAAAAUGAUGACAGGAAGCCCUCUGUUCCCCAUCAUCUCAAACCCAGUGAAGAUGAUUUUGAUGGUGGCAGGAGGCCCUCUGUGCCUCAUAAUAUGAGUCAUGGCAAAAAUGACGAUGGCAGGAAGCCCUCAGUGUCUCAUCAUGCUAGUCACAGCAAGUAUGACCAUGAGCAGGAAGCAGCUUUCAGGAGGCUUUUUGUGGUGCAUGAUUCCACUGAAGGCAUUGACAGUAAAGAGGGCACACAUGGCAGCAUGCACCUCUCAUACCUUCAUCCCAGCCACGGACAGGAUAAAAAUGAAGAGAAUAAGGAUGGCAAGAAGCUCCCCGUGUCCACUCAACUCAACCAUGACAAAGAGGAGGCAGAUGGAAAAAGGCCCUCAGUGCCAUUUCAACCGUGUCGAAGGAAAGAGGAGGGAUAUGAAAAGAGCUGCCACUCACUCCCUCAUAUCAACCACCAAAAUCAGAAAGAGGAUGUACAUAGCAGGGGGUGCUCCUCAAGGCUUCGUUCCAACCACAAACAACAUAAGGAGGAACCAGCUCAAAGGAAAUGCCCCUCACACACUCAUCCUACCCAUGGUAAACCCAAAAAGGAAGCAGAUGGCAGGAACCCCUCAGAGCCCUCUAACACCAGUCACAGCAAUGGUGAUGAUGGAAGGGUGCCUUCAGUGUCCCAUCAUGCUAUUCACAGCAAAGAAGAUGAUGGUGGAGGAAGGAGGAAGCCCUCAACGCCUCCUCAUCCCAGCUACAGCAACAAUAAAGAAGAACCUGACAGUAAACCAUCAGUGCACCAUCAUCCCAGUCAUACCAAAGACAAUCAAAGUGAGGCAGAUGACACAUGGCCUUCAAUGCCCCAUCCUUCAAGUCGUGGCAGUAAUGAAGAUGAGGCAUACAGCAAGAAGCCCUCACUGCCCCAUUAUCCCAUUCAUCCCAAGCAACACUACGCAGAGGCACAUGACAGGAAGUCUUCAGUCUCCCGUCUUCCUAGUGGUGGAAACGACAAAGAGGAAACAAAUGGUCAGUGGCUCUCUGUGGCCCAUCACACUAGUCAUGGCAAAGAUGACAAUGGAAGAAGAUCAUUGAUGUCCCAUCACACUAGUCAGGGAAAAGAUGAUGAUGAGAGGAAUCCACCGACAUCCCAUCAACACAGUCAUUACAAGAAUGAUGACAAUGACACUGGCAGCAGGACCACCUCACUCAAGCCUCAUCCCAGCCACAGUAAGGAUACUGACAUUGCCAGUAGGAAGCCCUCCAUACUCCCUCAUGACAGCCACAGCAAAGAUCCUAAGGACAUCGGCAUAAAGCCAUUAGUGCACAAUCAUCCAAGUCAUGAUAAAGACAAGAAAUCGGAGGCAGAUGACACGUGGCAUUCUGUGCCCCAUCAUCCCAAUCUCACCAGUGGUGUAGAUGAGGCAUAUAGCAGGGCGUCCUCACAGCAUUAUCACCACAUUCAUGACAAGGUGAAUUACAUAAAUUUAGAUGACAGGAACGAGACAACAUCCAAACAUCCCAAUCAUGGAAAAGACAAAGAGAAAAAUGAUGACAGGAAGCCAUCUGUUCCCCAUCAUCACAAACCCAGUGAAGAUGAUUUUGAUGGUGGCAGCAGGCCGUCUGUGCCUCAUAAUAUGAGUCAUGGCAAAAAUGACGAUGGCAGGAAGCCCUCAGUGUCUCAUCAUGCUAGUCACAGCAAGUAUGACCAUGAGCAGGAAGCAGCUUUCAGGAGGCUUUUUAUGCUGCAUGAUCCCACUCAAGGCAGUUACAGUAAAGAGGGGACACAUGGCAGCAGGCACCUCUCAUACCUUCAUCCCAGCCACAGACAGGAUAAAAAUGAAGAGAAUAAGGAUGGCAAGAAGCUCCCCGUGUCCACUCAACUCAACCAUGACAAAGAGGAGGCAGAUGGAAAAAGGCCCUCAGUGCCAUUUCAACCGUGUCGAAGGAAAGAGGAGGGAUAUGAAAAGAGCUGCCACUCACGCCCUCAUAUCAACAACCAAAAUCAAAAAGAGGAGGUACAUAGCAGGGGGUGCUCCUCAAGGCUUCAUUCCAACCACAAACAACAUAAGGAGGAAGCAGCUCAAAGGAAAUGCCCCUCACACACUCAUCCUACCCAUGGUAAACCCAAAAAGGAAGCAGAUGGCAGGAACCCCUCAGAGCGCUCUAACAGCAGUCACAGCAAAGGUGAUGAUGGAAGGGUGCCUUCAGUGUCCCAUCAUGCUAUUCAAGGCAAAGAUGACGAUGGUGGAGGAAGGAGGAAGCCCUCAAUGCCUCCUUAUCCCAGCUACAGCAACAAUAAAGAAGAACCUGACAGGAAACCAUCAGUGCACCAUCAUCCCAGUCAUACCAAAGACAAUCAAAGUGAGGCAGAUGACACAUGGCCUUCAAUGCCCCAUUCUUCAAGUCCUGGCAGUAAUGAAGAUGAGGCAUACAGCAAGAAGCCGUCACUGCCCCAUUAUCCCAUUCAUGCCAAGCAACACUAUGCAGAGGCACAUGACAGGAAGUCUUCAGUCUCCCGUCUUCCUAGUGGUGGAAACGACAAAGAGGAAACAAAUGGUCAGUGGCUCUCUGUUGCCCAUCACACUAAUCAUGGCAAAGAUGACAAUGGAAGAACACCAUUGAUGUCCCAUGACACUACUCAGGGAAAAGAUGAUGAUGAGAGGAAUCCACUGACAUCCCAUCAACACAGUCAUUACAAGAAUGAUGACAAUGACACUGGCAGCAGGACCACCUCACUCAAGCCUCAUCCCAGCCACAGUAAGGAUACUGACAUUGCCAGUAGGAAGCCCUCCAUACUCCCUCAUGACAGCCAUGGCAAAGAUCCUAAGGACAUCGGCAUGAAGCCAUUAGUGCACAAUCCUCCAAGUCAUGAUAAAGACAAGAAAUCGGAGGCAGAUGGCACGUGGCAUUCUGUGCCCCAUCAUCCCAAUCUCACCAGUGGUGUAGAUGAGGCAUAUAACAGGGCGUCCUCACAGCAUUAUCACCACAUUCAUGACAAGGUGAAUUACAUAAAUUUCGAUGACACGAACGAGCCAAUAUCCAAACAUCCCAAUCAUGGAAAAGACAAAGAGAAAAAUGAUGACAGGAAGCCAUCUGUUCCCCAUCAUCACAAACCCAGUGAAGAUGAUUUUGAUGGUGGCAGCAGGCCCUCUGUGCCUCAUAAUACGAGUCAUGGCAAAAAUGACGAUGGCAGGAAGCCCUCAGUGUCUCAUCAUGCUAGUCACAGCAAGUAUGACCAUGAGCAGGAAGCAGCUUUCAGGAGGCUUUUUGUGCUGCAUGAUUCCACUGAAGGCAUUGACAGUAAAGAGGGCACACAUGGCAGCAGGCACCUCUCAUACCUUCAUCCCAGCCACAGACAGGAUAAAAAUGAAGAGAAUAAGGUUGGCAAGAAGCUCCCCGUGUCCACUCAACUCAACCAUGACAAAGAGGAAGCAGAUGGAAAAAGGCCCUCAGUCCCAUUUCAGCCGUGUCGAAGGAAAGAUGAGGGAUAUGAAAAGAGCUGCCACUCACGCCCUCACAUCAACCACCAAAAUCAGAAAGAGGAGGUACAUAGCAGGGGGUGCUCCUCAAGGCUUCAUUCCAACCACAAACAACAUAAGGAGGAACCAGCUCAAAGGAAAUGCCCCUCACACACUCAUCCUACCCAUGGUAAACCCAAAAAGGAAGCAGAUGGCAGGAACCCCUCAGAUCCCUCUAACAUCAGUCACAGCAAAGGUGAUGAUGGAAGGGUGCCUUCAGUGUCCCAUCAUGCUAUUCAUGGCAAAGAUAAUGGUUUAGGAAGGAGGAAGUCCUCAAUGCCUCCUCUUCCCAGCUACAGCAACAAUAAAGACGACACUGACAGGAAACCAUCAGUGCACCAUCAUCCCAGUCAUACCAAAGACAAUCAAAGUGAGGCAGAUGACACAUGGCCUUCAGUGCCCCAUCCUUCAAGUCCUGGCAGUAAUGAAGAUGAGGCAUACAGCAAGAAGCCCUCACUGCCCCAUUAUCCCAUUCAUGCCAAGCAACACUACGCAGAGGCACAUGACAGGAAGUCUUCAUUCCCCCGUCUAACUAGUGGUGGAAACGACAAAGAGGAAACAAAUGGUCAGUGGCUCUCUGUGGCCCAUCACACUAGUCAUGGCAAAGAUGACAAUGGAAGAAGAUCAUUGAUGUCCCAUCACACUAGUCAGGGAAAAGAUGAUGAUGAGAGGAAUCCACCGACAUCCCAUCAACACAGUCAUUACAAGAAUGAUGACAAUGACACUGGCAGCAGGACCACCUCACUCAAGCCUCAUCCCAGCCACAGUAAGGAUACUGACAUUGCCAGUAGGAAGCCCUCCAUACUCCCUCAUGACAGCCACAGCAAACAUCCUAAGGACAUCGGCAUAAAGCCAUUAGUGCACAAUCAUCCAUGUCAUGAUAAAGACAAGAAAUCGGAGGCAGAUGACACGUGGCAUUCUGUGCCCCAUCAUCCAAAUCUCACCAGUGGUGUAGAUGAGGCAUAUAGCAGGGCGUCCUCACAGCAUUAUCACCACAUUCAUGACAAGGUGAAUUACAUAAAUUUAGAUGACAGGAACGAGACAACAUCCAAACAUCCCAAUCAUGGAAAAGACAAAGAGAAAAAUGAUGACAGGAAGCCCUCUGUUCCCCAUCAUCACAAACCCAGUGAAGAUGAUUUUGAUGGUGGCAGGAGGCCGUCUGUGCCUCAUAAUAUGAGUCAUGGCAAAAAUGACGAUGGCAGGAAGCCCUCAGUGUCUCAUCAUGCUAGUCACAGCAAGUAUGACCAUGAGCAGGAAGCAGCUUUCAGGAGGCUUUUUAUGCUGCAUGAUCCCACUCAAGGCAGUUACAGUAAAGAGGGGACACAUGGCAGCAGGCACCUCUCAUACCUUCAUCCCAGCCACAGACAGGAUAAAUAUGAAGAGAAUAAGGAUGGCAAGAAGCUCCCCGUGUCCACUCAACUCAACCAUGACAAAGAGGAGGCAGAUGGAAAAAGGCCCUCAGUGCCAUUUCAACCGUGUCGAAGGAAAGAGGAGGGAUAUGAAAAGAGCUGCCACUCACGCCCUCAUAUCAACCACCAAAAUCAAAAAGAGGAGGUACAUAGCAACGGGUGCUCCUCAAGGCUUCAUUCCAACCACAAACAACAUAAGGAGGAAGCAGCUCAAAGGAAAUGCCCCUCACACACUCAUCCUACCCAUGGUAAACCCAAAAAGGAAGCAGAUGGCAGGAACCCCUCAGAGCCCUCUAACACCAGUCUCAGCAAAGGUGAUGAUGGAAGGGUGCCUUCAGUGUCCCAUCAUGCUAUUCAAGGCAAAGAUGACGAUGGUGGAGGAAGGAGGAAGCCCUCAAUGCCUCCUCAUCCCAGCUACAGCAACAAUAAAGAAGAACCUGACAGUAAACCAUCAGUGCACCAUCAUCCCAGUCAUACCAAAGACAAUCAAAGUGAGGCAGAUGACACAUGGCCUUCAAUGCCCCAUUCUUCAAGUCCUGGCAGUAAUGAAGAUGAGGCAUACAGCAAGAAGCCGUCACUGCCCCAUUAUCCCAUUCAUGCCAAGCAACACUACGCAGAGGCACAUGACAGAAGGCUUCAGUCUCCCGUCUUCCUAGGGGGAAACGACAAAGAGGAACAAAUGGUCAGUGGCUCGCUGUUGCCCAUCACACUAAUCAUGGCAAAGAUGACAAUGGAAGAACACCAUUGA